UCCGAAUGGAGGACACGGCCUUGUCACCGUCACGAGUGGCAGUCACAAGCGAAUUUCACCUGCCAAAUUUCAUUCGGUGUCGCGUCUAGUACUUUUCCUGACUCUAGACCCUGCACAGUACGCGACUACGGAAGAUACCGCAUUUCACACACAACAUCGAAUUCGUUCAUUCGCAUGUCCUCCAACACCAAGCGUAUCGCUCUGGAAGUUGCUCUCUUCCUCGCCGGGCAGGCUGCCCUAUUCUACACUGUCAAAUGGGCCCUGGAUGAAUUCUUGCCUGACAAGAAGAAGGAAGUGAAAGCCAAACAACUGGAGGCGUUGAAGCGUUUGGGACAUGGGGAUAUCGAGUUGGACGAGUAUGAGCGCACUGUGGCAAACGAGGUGAUUCAUCCUGACGACAUAACCGUCAAGUUCUCCGAUAUCGGUGGUUUAGAUGACAUCGUCUCGUCAUUGCGCGAGUCUAUCAUAUAUCCCCUGGUGUACCCCAACCUCUUUACGUCUGCGUCUUCCCUUCUCAGUUCUCCGCGGGGGGUUCUCCUUUUUGGCCCGCCCGGUUGCGGCAAGACAAUGCUUGCGAAGGCUCUAGCGAAGGAGAGUGGAGCCACGUUCAUCAACAUUGCGGCCAGUGUCCUAGCCAACAAAUGGUUCGGCGAGUCCAACAAGCUCGUGGCAGCAUUAUUCAAGCUGGCACGGAAAGCCCAACCUUGUAUCAUUUUCAUCGACGAGAUUGAUUCGUUUCUGCGGGAACGGAGCAGUGGCGAUCAUGAAGUGACUGCUAUGAUGAAGGCUGAGUUCAUGACGCAAUGGGACGGCCUGCUGUCGAGUACAGAUCGCAUCCUCGUUCUGGGAGCGACUAAUCGGCCUAAUGACAUAGACUCUGCCAUCCUUCGACGAAUGCCGAAGCGAUAUGCCGUACCACUCCCCAGUCUUCAGCAACGCAUGAAUAUUCUUGCAUUAAUUCUUCAAGACACCCGCUUGGCUCCGGAUUUCCCUAUGCGUCAACUAGCCGAGACGUCCUCGGGACUGUCCGGAUCCGAUCUGCGAGAGAUGUGCAGGAAUGCAGCUAUGGUUCCGGUUCGAGAGUUCGUCAAGAAAACCAAUGGUGACAAGCAAGUGUUGGAGCUGGGUCAGCUCGAGGGGUUCCAUCUUAGACCACUCACGCUAGAAGAUUUCUUCUCACAGAACGAUGCCACAACUCAUUUACCUGCGAAGGAUCCGGCCGCGGUCAUGCGGGCUAAUGACAGGUCUCGAUUAGACGAGAUGGACUAGACUAUCCUAUACACCUCGUACAUCGCAGGCAAGGGAUAUCCCUCUUGCCUGGCAGCAAGG